AUGUCACCAGAGCAGCCCAGCAGUCCUCCUUUUGCCCAUCUCGAAUCCUCAGGGAACUCGGCAUCAGAAGGGGGUUCAUGUGUACACUCGAGAUCCACCUCUGUUUCGGAACCCGACGAUGGUGACGUCUUUCUCAACAAAGAAGAUGUAUUCAACAAAUGGAGGCCGAAAUUCCACCUGAUUGCACCGAAAGGAUGGCUCAACGACCCGUGUGCACCUGGCUACGAUCGAGCUAACGACUGUUACCAUAUCGGCUUUCAGUGGAACCCAGAUACUCCUGAAUGGGGCAACAUCAAAUGGGGGGCCGCAAACUCUCGCGACCUACUCUCAUGGGACGUCUCUGUCGAACCCUCGAUAGUCCCGACCGAAACGGAUGACCAAGGAGGUGUUUUCACGGGAUGUCUCUCGCCUGUUGAGCUUCGUCCUGGGGAAAUGACGACAUUCUACACCUCUGCCAGGAUACUCCCUAUUCACCACACGCUACCUUACAACUAUGGAUCAGAAGGAUUAAGUCUGGCAACAUCAACGAAUAGUGGGAGGACUUGGGACCGCCACGCAACUCCGAUCUUACCUGGUCCACCGACAGAUCUCAAGGUGACGGGAUGGAGAGACCCCUUCGUUUCCACAUGGCCUUCCAUGGCUAAAGCUCUAGGAGACUCAGAGGAGACACUAUAUGGUAUCGUCUCCGGUGGACUUCUUGGCCAAGGACCGACUCCAUUUAUCUACCGACUUGACAGCGAGGAUAUUACGAAGUGGUCUUUUCUUUCGCCUCUAGUAUCACUUCCUUGCAACUUCUCUCAAUCACCGAGAUGGUCAGCCGACCACGGCGCCAACUGGGAAGUGACAAACUUUCUCAGCCUCCAGGAUCCGGACGACGACAGGACGCAUGACUUCCUGAUCAUGGGAGUGGAGGGUUUGCUGGCUACGGAGAAGAGCAGAGGUCGCUCAGAUUUCGACAAGGACCACGGUCAACUCUGGAUGUGCGGCACCAUCGAAGCGCAAGAGGGGCAACCUAGGAUGAAGCACUUGUAUGGUGGACCUCUUGACCAUGGAGCCUACUACGCCGGCAACUCUUUCUGGGAUCCAAAGACAAAUCAACGGAUAAUUGUGGGAUGGGUCGUUGAGGAGGAUCUACCGAUCGAGUUGAAGAGGCGGCAAGGCUGGGCGGGAUUCCUAUCAGUUCCACGAGUUCUGAAGAUCCAGAGGCUCAGGAGAGUGACAAAGUCUCUUGUCUCGUCCCUUGAAGAGAUAUCAUCCAUUGAUCUCCGCCAAGACGGUGUUCAGGAGGGAAGCGACGAGCCCACCUUCGAAGUAACGACACUCUGCGCCGUCCCGGAUGAUAGACUGAGGGGUCUGAGAAGAUCUACAUCACCGGUCAGGUCAGGAGAUGGAUUCAUCUUUCCCCAGGGAUGCUCGACCCUUGAAGUUGUUGUGUCGUUCGAGAUAUCUCCUCAAGUUCAGUCGGCUGGACUGAAGAUCACUUUUGGAGGCAAUCACGCACAAGAGGCAACGAUAGAGUUCGAUCCUUCAUGCGAAAGACUUACAAUAAGACGAGACAAAUCAACCAAGGAGACAGGGGUCGUCGUCGUGGAAGAUACGGCGCCUCAUACACUUUUCACGUACGUCGACGAGUCUGACGGGAAAAGGCGGAAGCAGGAGCUGCUCAAUCUGCGAUUCCUAUUCGACGUCAGCGUUUUGGAACUUUUCGCCAACGAGCGAACAGCGCUAACAACGCGCUUGUAUGCCGAUUUGCCGAGGAUUGCGGCGAUUGAACCAUUCACUCAUCAGAGGGAUUUCUCGGGUAGCCCUCCUGGCACCACCUCUGGCGCAUUGCAUGAAUUUACAUGCUGGGAACUCGGGUCUGGGCAAUAG